CAAGGCCACAGCCCAGCCAGCCAAGGGCCAGCCCAGCCAGCAGCCUAUGCCCAAGGCUUGGCCAUGCCUUGGCCAAGCCUUUGGCCCUACUUGUGCCAUGAAGACCCCUAUGCCUUGGCCACUCUUGGGCCACUUGGAGAGCACUAUAAAUGGGAGGGAAUGAGGGUCUUUGAAGGAUCUUUUGUCAUCUUGGGAGUUCACUUGUAUUUCGGCCUAAGGGCUUGGGAGGGCUUUGUCCCUAUGUAUUCGGUCCUAGAGUUUCUCUAAGGACUUGGGCUAGUGAGAACCCAUCAUAGUUCCACUAGAUUAAGCUUGUAGCUUCAUUUUGGGAAUAGAAUCAACCUUAAUCUUUCCUCCACAAAUACUUGCAUUGUUUGGUUGUUUUCAUUCAAGACAAGGGUCGGGCCAAGCUGCAGCCAGUAGACCCUCCCCUUGCCUUGAUUCCCUUGGUUACUAAGUGCUCGGCACACAACCGGCGUUACCCGUUCGGCCCGCGUUUCUUCAAUUCUAAGGCGUCCGCAAGGAGCCAAGGUGCGAGGCUUGGUGUGGCGGCUCGGGGCCGAGAGACGCCCUCCAACAAUGGUGCUUUCAUUGAGAGGUUUCAUUAGGAAGAUCUCUUCCUAAGAGGUAACGCCUACAACUCUAAUAAAUUUCAAAUUUUAUUUUGGGUUAAUAUGGUAAACAUAAUGGAGAGUGAGGCUUGUUUGAUGAGGGCAAAUGAGACCCUAGCCAAAAUUGGAAUGAAUCUAAGGGCUAGGGAGGAAAGAGAGAGAAAAGAUGAAUAUAUGAGGGUGAGAGAAGAAAGAAGAAAAGAAGAGAGAAAAAGAGAGAAAGAAGUGAGGAGAAAUGAACAUUGGUCGCACGCCUCUCGGCGGGGCCAAGUGGAGGAUCGAGAAGAAAGGAAAAGAGAAGAAAAGAAAAGAGAAGAAAAGAAAAGAGAAGAAAAGAAAAGAGAAGAAAAGAGAAGAGAAGAAAAGAAAGAGAGUUGGUGGAGAGAAGAAGAAAAAAGAGGAGAGUAUAGGAGUGCUCAAGGAGCAAGUAGCUAUGCUAGCCGCCAUGGGGAGCAUGGCUAUGGAGAAAGAAGGUGGAGAGAGGGCCAAUUAAAGAUGAUAAAAAGGGAGUUAGAGGAGGCCCGAACAUGUUUGAAGCUUGGGGCAAGCCAUGAGCAUAUCAUCAAGAAGAAGCAAGAAGAGAUAGUGCAAACAUGCAUCGAAGAGAAAUUCAACAAGCAUGCAUCUUCUUCCUUGCAACCGCAAACUCCUUCCGAAGACAAAGAAGAGGUUGAACAUGGCAAAAGGGACCAACCCAACGAAGUCAAGAGCUUGCCAAAGGAAGAGCCACAAGUCAUUGAAGAAAGGGAAGAGCUUGAACAUGAUGAUGAGGCCGGAAGUAGUUCAAAAGAGGAGGAGGCCGAGCCCCCUUUGCAUGCCUUGCAAAGAUCGUCCAUUCUUCAAGCUACAACAAAUGAGGUACCUUGGCCUUACUUGACAAAGUUUACUUCCUUUGAUAAUCUUUUAGUUCCUUCUCAACCCAUGGAGCAACACAAGGAACAUGUGGAGGUUGUGUUGUCCAUUUUGGAUGAACACCACUUCCACAUCAUGCUCACAAAGAACUCCCCCGAUGGUAUUCAAACUUUAUCCUUGAGGACAAGGAUAGUUUUCAAGGAAGGGGGAAUGUUGCGGACCUCCCUCAUACACCACCAUCAAAUUCCACCACCAAGGAGAGGUCCGGGCUCGGAAGUUACCAAAGGAGGGUCCUACCAAGACCAAGAUCAAGGAUCGAGCCAACUACUUGUUUGGAGGGACGGCCAAGCCUUGGCCAAGCCCCUUCACGCUUGGCCAAGCCUCGGCCGAGCAUCUUCACACUUGGCCGAACCUUGGCCAAGCACCCCGACAUUCGGCCCGCCGCGCGCCCGACGACGCCCGCGCUCGCCCGCAUGCAUCCGCGGUCGUCCGCGCCCGCCGCGUGCCCGACAUCGCCCGCGCGCACCGGGCCCAUACCAUCAAUGCCAAGCCUCGGCCAAGCAUGCCCAACCUUGGCCGAGCAUGCCGCGCACAUGUCCAAGCCUCGGCCGAGCCUUCCUACACUUGGCCAAGCCUUGGCCAACCUCCUUUGCACUUGGCCAAGCCUUGGCCAAACCAAGGCUCCCAAUGCUUGGCCAAGCAUGUCCAAGGUCGGCCAAGACAAGGCCAAGCAUGCCAAAGGCACGGCACACCCAUGCGCGACACAAGCCGCGCCCGUGCAUGCCCGCCGCACGCGCCCGUGAGCCCCCAGGCCGCGGCCCUGCGCGCCUGCGCGCGCCCAGAAACAAUCAAGCGUUCCUCUACCUAUAUCUCCACAUAUCAUCUUGUGAGUGA